AUGGAGGGAGUCUUUAGCAUGUGCUGUGCUACGAAUCGCGCUUCUCCGCCCGGCGCUGAUGCGACUGGUAUAUACAACUCCAGCACCCGUGACAUUUGUCUUUCAAAUGGGCUGUGUGAGAAUGUAUUCCACGACACAACAACCGAGGCGGUGGAAUCACUCUAUUGGCGGAAUUCGUGUUCAAAUGAAAGCUGGGAAGAUGGAAAUUGUCUGAAUGAAUGUAUGGAGGAGGGGGCAAGUGAAAUGACCCCAUGCGAUAAAGAAGCAGGUGGAAACUCAACAACAUGGUGCUGCGGCCACGCCAACACAUCCUGUUGCGAAAGUAAUCCAAUAACAUUAUCGCCAACUCUAUACAGGUUCUCGUCGACGACAAGUGCCUCUGCCAGUCCCUUUACAGUCACAGUCACUUCUCAUCCAACUUCUUCUCAACCGGCUGCUCAAUCUUCGCCUGUACAAACAAGUAGUUCUGGUGUCUCCAGCGGGACUAAGGCUGCGAUUGCGCUUGGUGUUGUGCUUGGCGCUGUGGUGGUACUAUCCUUGGCCGGAUUCUUCAUGUUGUGGAUGAGAAUUCCGAAAAAGCCAGAAUAUAUUUCGCCUCCAGUUCCACUCUACAAACGUCAUUAUCAAGCAAAGGAUAUAAAACAUCCCCAGGAGCUUAGUGUUUACAGGGCUGCUCAUGAAAUGCCGGUUGAUCAAAGACCUCGCGGGUAUUGA